AUGGGUCAAAUUCCCCUCACCUCACUCUUCAUCUCUCUCCUCACUCUCUCUCUAGUUUCUCUCUCUACAUCCAAUUGCACAGGCUCUUCAAAUCAGGUGAGAGCUGGGUAUUGGCUCUCCACCUCCAAUCACUACUCCCCUCUCUCCAACAUCAACACCUCUCUCUACACUCACCUCUACUACUCCACCUCAAUUGACACCAGGCUCCUCAUUACAUCCCUUCCCCCACCUGACCAGGUCCCACUCUUAGCUACAUUCUCCUCCACCCUCAAAUCCACAAACCCAUCUCUCAAAAUCCUUCUGUCCAUUUCCACUGAUGAUCAAAACUCCAAGUCAUCGAACGUCGCGUUUUCUGCGAUGGCCGCCGAUCCGGUCUGUCGGUCAGCAUUCAUCGACUCCGCGAUCGGCCUCGCCCGCGCCAACGCGUUCGACGGCCUCGAUUUCGCGUGGCAGUUCCCCGCCUCCCCUGCCGACCUGACCAACCUUGGAAUCUUGAUCGCAGAAUGGAGAGCUCAAAUCGAAGACGAAGCCAAGCGCUCGUCGCGGCCCCCGCUCCUUUUAACCGCCACGGUUUACUUCUCGAACCACAUAUUCGACGGGCCGUCCGACGAUCUCGACUACCCAAUAGACGCGAUCUCAAGCAACCUAGAUUGGAUAAAUGCAGUCUCAUUUGGCUUCCACAAGAAUAGCAAUGUCACUAUUUUUUAUGCACAACUUUACGAUAAGGUCUCACACUUCUCAGCAAGCUAUGGGAACAUUUCUUAGCUAGAUGCAGGGAUUCCUUCAUGUAAGCUAGUUUUGGGCAUUCCCUUAUACGGAAAAUCUUGGUUCUUAAAGAACAAAGCGAAGAAUGGAAUCAACUCACCAGUGGUGGCCGGGGGGCCGAAGCAGCGGAUCAGCAACCGGACCGGUUCGAUGGCAUAUUUCGAGAUUGAACAACUGUUAAGAGACCCCACCACAGUUUCUCAAUACGAUAACUCAACGGUUUCUGCUUAUUUUUACUCGGGCGGGGUUUGGGUCAGCUUCGACGACCAUACCGUGGUUGAGGAGAAGAUAGAGUUCGCUUUGAAGUAUAGACUGCUGGGUUAUUUCCUCUGGCCGAUCAGCUUCGACGACUCGAAUAGUACAGUGUCAAGAAAAGCAUCCGAGGCUUGGCUUGAGAAUUAUGAUUCUUCGCAGUUCGAGGAUGAGAGUGGAUAUAAAGAAGCAGCUGCUCCGUUUCAACUGCCACCAAAAGAUCAGGCUCCAACAAUAUCAGAAGCAUCUUCUGCAUCGACAAAAGGAUCUUUAAAAGAUUCUUAUUUUCACCUACAUUUCUCUCUUCUUUUGUUUCUCCUCAUUUACCAAACAAGAGCCUGCCAAAAAUUGUAAAGAGAAAUCCCGUGUGCAACAGUUAUUCU